AUGAAAGCAAGUAUGACCAACUGUAAGUCACUGUUGGUACUAUUGUUCAUAUUAACCUUCUGGAUCACCUUUAUCAUUUUGCAAAACUCAGCAAAGUUACGGACCACACUCAAGUUGCCCAUUUCUCUCCAUCACUGGAAUUUUAUUGCAAAGCCCUCAUACCCUGAAGCACCACUGUGUCCACUAGUAUCAGCAGCAGAGACUGAGCUGAGAAUAAAGGAAAUCAUAAAGAAACUAGACCAGGAGAUCCCACCCAGACCUUUCACCCACAUGAACACCACCACCAGCGCCGCACACAGCACAGUCUCCAUCCUCAACCCUCGAGACACGUACUGCAGGGGGGACCAGCUGAAUAUCCUGCUGGAAGUGAGAGACCAUCUGGGAUGCAGGAAGCAAUAUGGCGGGGAUUUUCUGAGGGCCAGGAUGUCCUCCCCAGCCCUGGAGGCUGGCGCUUCAGGAAAGGUGACCGACUUCAAUAAUGGCUCCUACCUUGUCAGUUUCACGCUGUUCUGGGAAGGCCAGGUCUCCCUGUCUCUGCUGCUUAUCCACCCCAGUGAGGGGGUGUCGGCCCUCUGGAGGGCAAGGAACAGGGGCUAUGACAGGGUAAUCUUCACGGGCCAGUUUUCCAGUCACACCUCCCAGGUCAGUACUGAUUGUGCCCUGGUUUUGAACUCAAGUGCUGAACUAUGUCAGUACCUGGAUGCUCAAGACCAAGAAGCCUUCUACUGUGUGAAGCCUCAACACAUGCCCUGUGCUGCACUCACCCACAUGCAUUCCAAGAACAAGGAAGUUUCUUACCUUAGCAAAGAAGAAAAGAGCCUCUUUGAAAGGUCAAAUAUAGGUGUAGAGAUUAUGGAAAACUUCAAUGCAAUUAGUGUCUCCAAAUGCAACAAAGAAACUGUUCCAAGAAAAGAGAAAUGCAAGCUUGGAAUGACAUCCACAAUUCCCAGUGGACAUGUUUGGAAAAACACAUGGAAUCCUGUCUCCUGUAGUUUGGCUACAGUCAAAAUGAGAGAAUGCCUAAGAGGAAAGUUCAUAUAUCUACUGGGAGAUUCCACGAUCCGCCAGUGGAUGGAAUACUUCAAAACCAGUAUCAACACACUGAAGUCAGUGGAUCUACAUGAAUCUGGAAAAUUGCAACACCAGCUUGCUGUGGAUUUGGACAGUAAUAUCAACAUCCAGUGGCAAAAACAUGGUUACCCCUUGAUUGGAUCAUUGACCUAUUCGGUCAAAGAGAUUGAGAACAUCGCCCGGGUUAUUGACAGAACUGGAGGAGAAAAAAAUACCGUCCUUGUUAUUUCUCUGGGCCAGCAUUUCAGACCAUUUCCCAUUGAUGUUUUUAUUCGAAGGGUCCUCAACGUCCACAAAGCUGUUCAGCGUCUUCUUCUGAGAAGCCCAGACACCGUGGUUAUCAUCAAAGCAGAAAACAUCAGGGAGAUGAACAAUGAUGUGGAGAGAUUUAGUGACUUUCAUGGUUACAUUCAGUAUCUUGCCAUAAAGGACAUUUUCCAGGAUCUCAGUGUGGGCAUCAUUGAUGCCUGGGAUAUGACAAUUGCAUAUGGCACAAAUAACGUACACCCACCUCAAUAUGUAGUCGGAAAUCAGAUUAAUGUAUUUUUGAAUUAUAUUUGCUAGAUAACA